CCUUUCAGGUCGGCCCUCCGCCCGGGCCUCUCAUUGGCUGCGCGGCGAGGGAGGCUGCCGGGGAUGGGAAGCCAGUGGUUAGGAAAGCAGCGCGGCGAGGGCGGGCCGGAGGACGCGGGCCAAGGCAGCUGGAGCUCCGCCCGCCAGACGCAGGAAGAGCACAAGCGGUGGCUUUGUGUCGAUCCAUCCAGAAGGGCCCCUCGUUCCUGGAAAGACGGAGACUAUCUGCCCUCCUGCACCAAGGCUGAAGCAUUUUUAAUCGGGACGAGCAAAGGCAGCUGGCUCCCCUCUGCGCAGAUGGAUUUCAUCGCUGGAGCCAUUGGAGGUGGUGUUAGUGCUGCAGUCGGAUAUCCAUUGGACACAGUCAAGGUGAGGAUUCAGACUCAGACAAGUUAUCGUGGAAUAUGGCACUGUAUCAGAGAUACAUACAGAACUGAAAAAGUGCCAGGUUUCUACCGAGGGGUGUCGAUGACUGUCAUAACUGCAUCGUUUAUUACAUCGUUCUCUUUUGGCAUCUACAAAAACAUCCUUUAUAACAUCUGCAGAUUUCGAUAUGGCUCUGCAGACAGAAAGCCAUCAAAGGUAGAUGUGUCUUUUGCAGCAGCUGCUACUGGUGCAAUCCGGGUUGUGCUAAUAUCACCUGCAGAGUUGGCCAAAGUGAGACUACAGAUCCAGAAAGACCCUUAUCCCUUGGCUAUUCCACCCCACCUCCUGAUCUCCAAGCCUAAGUACCAAGGAGCUAUGCACUGCUUGCGGACCAUCGUGAAGGAGGAAGGUUUCAGGGGUCUAUACAAGGGGUCUUUGGCUCUGAUGUGGAGAGACUGCUGCGCAUCUGUCGUCUAUUUCCUCACCUACAAUGUCCUGUGCGACUGGCUUACUCCAGCGGGCAAAGACAGAGCAGACUUAUGGGCUGUGCUUCUUUCCGGAGGCUGCGCUGGAGUCCUGGCCUGGGGCGCGGCCACCCCGAUGGAUGUCAUCAAAUCCCGGAUGCAGGUGGAUGUCGAGGGCCUGCGCAGAUACUCCGGAUUAGUACACUGCGUGAGGGACAGCAUAAGAGAAGAGGGGGUGAGAGUCCUCUUCAAAGGCCUCGGACUAAACUCCAUCCGCGCUUUCCCUGCAAAUAUGAUGGUCUUCUUUACUUACGAAGGUGUGCUUAGGCUUGGCGAACGCUGGAUGAAAUAAAGGGCGCAUUGCGGCCUUCACUAGCUGGCAUCCUCUAGAGCAGGGCUGGGGAACCUUUGCCAUCAGAGGGCCACGUACAAACAGGGGUGAGACAACGAAUGCUAAAUUCAUCUUUGUACAGUAGGGUAGCUUCUACACACAGUUAGUUGUUCACCCCUCUCUAUCUUCCAUCCGGGCAUUCAAGGGGCAUUAUUAUAAUUAAAGGACACAUUCCAGCCAGGCAAAAACACUCAAGGACCAGUGAGGGGUGUGGCCUAGGGAGAGGGGGUGUGGCCAGAGGGGCGUGGUCUAGAAAGAGUCCUAAGGGCCAAACAGAGAGGUCUGGAGGCUCCCCAAUCCCUGCAUCUAGAGGACACCAGGUUGGCAAAGGCUGCUUCACUGCAAUAUCAUCUCUCCAAAGCGGUCUUUUCCUUUCGGAAUGCUCAACCGAAUUUCUUUCGAGAAAGCCGUCUGUGCAUUGAGAAAUUAUUAUUUAUUCAAUUUGCAUUGCGCUUGCUACAUAAAGAGUCCGUAAGCAACUUACAUAAAGUAUGACAUAAUAACUGGAAAAAAAGAACAUCACAUUGCAAUAAAGCCGUACAAAGACCCAUGGAACAGACCCAGCAAAACAGCAGCAGCAAAAAAAGAAGUCGGGAGCAAAACGUAUGAUCGAGCAAUAUGACAAUCCUUCAAAUGCCUGGGAGGAGAGAGGAGAUUUUACCUUUCAUCCGGAAAGGAUGCUGGCACUAGGCUUGGGAAGGCAUUCCACAGAUAGGAAGCCACAAGCCCUUGUUGUCACGAGCUGAAUGUUCUUUGGAGGGGCACUGAGGGCCCCAGAUAAGCUGCCCUGUGGUCCCUUGAUGAAGGGCGGUAUAUAAAUUUAAUAACUAGUAACUUAAUAUUCAUUGCACACAUGCGCUGCUCUGCUCACCUUUGCUUCUGACCGCACCCAUCACUGGCUGCUGGCCCUUACAAGGUUACCCAGAAAGGAAUGUGGUCCUCCCUCUGAAAAAAAAGGUUCUCCAUCCCCGAUUUAAUUCUGGGUUCAUCUGUAUUCCAUAUCCAGACAUGGACGCCUCACUUUAGAAACAGAUGCACAUGAAUAUUGCUGCCUGAAGUUGCUUAAAGCUGAAAACUUGCAAGUGUAAAGACAGAAGGAAAAAUGGACACAUACAGAGAUCAGGCAAUGGAAGACUUUGAUGUCCUAAACAUUUCAUUGACCCCAAAUUACUCGUUACUGAACAAACAAUAGAGCUGUUCACCAGAGAUGCACGAAAAGCUCAAGGCCACCGGCAGUAUUAAGACACUACAUGUAACAUUCUAUGUCCAAGAAUUGCUUUGCUGGAAAACUGCAGCUUGCAGUGGGAAGGCUCAUGUUCCAUUUACAACAUGCUUUGCUUGACAAGGAAGAGUAGGCACUUUUAAUUCUGCUCUCCCAUUUAUGCCAUUGCAUUCUCAUUCAUUCCCAGACAAGUGCUUUUUUACAAGCUCUGCAAGGGGAACUGGCUUUUGUUAACACUAAGGGAAUUUGGCAUGCUGGAUUAGAGCAUCAUGGCAUGCUCAGGCAAUUGGAAGUACCCUUAGGCAAACCUUUGCAAAAAAACGUGCUAGGUGGUUCAGAUUAAAUUAUGUGAAAUUGUCGCUCUCUACCCUGCUCUCCCCAAUUUUCAUUAGGGAAGCUGUAUUUGUCUACUGCAGGCGUGAGCUUUCGUGGACUAGAGUCCUGUAUCAUCAGAUACAGGCAGUGUUAUCUUAGGUUGGCAGGUAGAUAUACGUACGUGUGUGUGUGUGUGUGUGUGUGUGUGUGUGUGUGUGUGUGUGAGAGAGAGAGAGAGAGAGAGAGAGAGAGAGUGUAAGCAUGGAUUUUAUUUUAUUUUCUUAAAGCUCAAAUGUAUUAAAAUCUUACAAUGACGAUUCUUAAAGGAGUUCUGAGAACACUGGGAAACUAACCCACAUUUUAGGGUAAAACCCAUUAUUUCCUUUCAGUACACAGGUGAUAGAACUGAAUUUUUUGAUUCAGCCAUGUGAUCUGGUUUCACUGCUCGUUUCCUGUUGAGAUUCCUUUCCUGUGUAGCAGUGUGCACUGGGAAUUCCUGGAGCUACUCAGAAGCUCAUGAAAAGUUUUUUUGAUGAAUAACAGCAAAUAGGUUUCCUGAAAAAGACAGCAGGGGCACCGCUACCGAGCUUCCCUGAAAUGCACAGCUCCAGCUUUGGGGC